AUAUGCUCUAACACCAAAAUCUCGUCUCUUCUAUUCUCACAUUUACUCUCCUUAAUCAUUUCCAACUAACAUCCCCAGAAGAAGAUGAAUAGGCCGGGAGAUUGGAACUGCCAAUAUUGCAGCCACCUCAACUUUCAGAGGAGGGAUUCUUGUCAACGAUGCAGAGAGCCAAGACUAGGCGGCAUUACCAACUUAGCCAGCGGUUUUGCUAGCCGUCCAGUUAGUAGCUCUUUCACUUUCAACACCGGUCCUGAUGUGAGACCCGGCGACUGGUAUUGCAACCUUGGAAAUUGUGGAACACACAAUUUUGCCAGCAGGUCCAGCUGUUUUAAGUGUGGUGUCUCCAAAGAUGAGUCUUCACCUUUGGCUGCCGCUGUAGCCACCGGGUUUAUAGACAUGAGUGAUGGUCCAAGACGCAGCCUUUUUGGUUUUGGUAGCAGCAGUGGUGGUGGCAGCGGCACGGGCCGUUCUUCUUGGAAAUCUGGAGAUUGGAUUUGCUCAAGGUCAGGGUGCAAUGAACAUAACUUCGCAAGCAGGUCAGAGUGUUUCAGGUGCAACGCCCCAAAGGAACCUGCCACCAAUCCACCCUACUAGUCCUAACUUUCUUCAUCUUCUUCAAGUUACAAUAGAAGCCAUAAAAUAAGUGAAGAACCGAAGCAGUUAAUACCAACUCUUAAUGUCGU